UAUACUUUCAAUACGCAGCUCCGCAUGUUUAGAAACUGCAGCGGAAUGAAGCGCGUCGCUGGCUGCUUGCCGUAGUGCUGUGACGAAAGCGGAAGGAGUUUUGUUUUGAGAAAACAAGCAUGGAAGCGACCAGAAAGAUUCGAGCCUCAAACUCAAAGAAGAAAGGUGGUAAAGGAACCCCGGUGAUUUCAGCAGCGGAUGAGGCGAGAAAGAGGGAAGCUAUUAAAGAGGCGCUCAGACAGAAGCUAGAGUUGGAGCGCAAAGCCCUGCAGGUGGUUGAGCGGCUGCUGGAGGACAGUGUGACAGAGGAGUUCCUCAUCGACUGUGCAUGGCACAUCACUCCUGCCAACUACAAAGACACAGUGGAAGAACGGUCCAUUGCUAAACUGUGUGGAUAUCCUAGGUGUCCAAAUAAACUAAGUAAUAUACCCACUCAACAGUUUAAAAUAUCCACCAAAACUAACAGAGUCUAUGAUAUUACAGAGCGCAAGUGUUUUUGCAGUAAUUUCUGCUACAAAGCCUCCAAAUGUUUUGAGCUCCAGAUAUCAAAAACUCCACUUUGGCUUAGAAAGGACGAGAGGCCUCCUGAAGUUAAGCUGAUGAAAGAAGGAGAGGGAGGCAGCUCUGGACAUGAAAUAAAGUUGGUAGAAAAGCCUUUGACAGAAGCUGACAUUGAGAAUUCUGUCCCAGAUGUUCCUGAAUCUCACAAGGACUCCCCUCCCUUCAACCAGAGCGACAACAGUGACAUUGAGCAAGACUUUGUCUCCAGUGUGUUGUCCAGACAGCAUAAACACGCGAGGGUACACUGGGGAAAACUGCCAAAGAGGGACGGAGUAAGUGAGGACAGUUUGAGUGCUGAAAAAAAGCGAUAUGCACAUCCUGAACUUACACAAACACUCGAUGGAGAAAAUAAUGAUGAAAGUGGAUCUUCAAAAACUCCUCAACCGCAGAUGGACCCAACUGCCUGUCUGUCUAUACCAAAUAAAACCACAUCUGCUGGAUCUGAUGUUGAAGGAAUUCUGGAGCUUUUGAAUCAGUGCAGUCUGAAGGACACUGCAGUCCAGCAGGAAACUAAUCUCCCUUCACAGCCUGAGAUUGGAAACUCCACCCCUCCUGCUAGUGGUCUGAACAUCACUCAGGUGAGCAUGAGUAAGAGAGGAGCUGCAGGCCUCAAAGGCUUGUUGAAGGACCAUAACAAAGCUAAAACAACUCCUAUCAGUUUGUGCCUGCUAGAGCGUCUACGACAAACUUUUAUGGAGUGGAGAACUGAGGAAACCAUGAAGUUUCUUUAUGGGGCUGAUUAUGCCUCUGAAACAGAGGUUUCUGCACAGAAAGUGGAGGAACUGGAUGAAGAUGACCUGGUUGAGGCUGAGGUGGAAGUGAGCUUGAGACAGAACAGUGGAAGUUCUUCCAGACCCAGUGCUUCAGCUCCUAAUUUUGAAACACUACGGACGGAGACAGAGUUGCUGGAUCUGAGAGUGAGAGAGUUUUAUAAAGGAGUGUAUGUUCUGCCUGAAGAGGUCAAGACGGAUGCCAUCAAAGACAAUCAAGACAAACAGGACAGUGGGAAGGACCCUCCUCUGCCCCUGUUUGAUUCUCAUGCACAGCAUCUGAUUCAGAAACGCAUUGCUGUGGAGAAGCUCAGCCAGAGCUUGAGAGAUGUUGUGGGACUCCUGCGUCUAACGAUGAGUGAUGUAAUCAAUGACAUAAAUAAUUUGUUCAGGACAUUCAGGUUUACAAACACUAAUAUCAUUCACAAAAGGCCAGAAUGGACUUUAAUUGCUGUGGUUCUUCUGUCAGUAACUAAAUGUGUCCAGAUUACUUCCAACCAGAGUCAAGUCACAACAAAUGUAUCUUUUAGAUGUCAAACAGAUCUUUAGAUUGCUUAAGCUAAUUAUCUACUACUGCAUGGCUUUUGUCCAUUUUCUCAUGCAUGGGAAAGUGCCACAUGUGUUGGUAUUUGCCAUGAGAGGCUAGCAGGGCUGGCCCAACUAAGCUAACAUGUGCUUGUAUAAAGGCUCAGAAUAUUGCAACUGCAGAUAGUGCUGUGGGUUUAUCUGAGGAUGACUGUUGAUUGGGGCUUUAUGGCACCUCGGUGGCCUGCUGUGCUCUGACAGUGAAAGUAUGUAGUAGACAGAUCAACAGCUGGAGGGCCUGGCUUUAACAAGAGUGUACGGGAACAGCAACUGAGGAAAUCAGGGAGCAUUGUUUUCUCUUCAGGAACACACUAUGCAAAGCUAUAAGACACAAGUGAUUUAUGUCUGUGUGAGUGCGUGUAUGAUUUGUGUGCAUUUCUUUCUGCUUCAAGUUAAUAUUUGUCUACUUGAUAAAGAUUUGUUGUACUUUUGAGAAUUGAUUGUGGAGUUCUUUAAUUGUAGAUAUCUAUCUAUCCAUCUAUUUGUCUGUCUGUACGUACAUGCAUACAUACACACAUAUACACAUACAGAGAGAGAGAGAUUUGCUGGCUCUAUUAAUUAAAAAAAAAUGCAAAAUGCAAUCCAUAGCGUUACAUUAAAUCGAAUAAUAUUUGAAAAAAUGUUUUCUGCUAAAUCAGAGUCAUGCAGAAAAAAAAAAACUCUUUGAAAAUCUAAAUAUCUUGAAAAGGACCCCUGUAGACCCUCAACACUAUAUGUCUAGGUCAGUAAGUCUCUAAAAAUAUCAUAAUUUGAUCUUUUUAUGGCAAGGCAAGGUUAGUUCAGGUUGUAAAAUGUAAUGAGCUGUGACACCCCAAAAAACAUAAUUCAUUAAAUUUGUUGUUAAAAAUGUUUAAACUAUAUUUAAAAUUGAAGUAUAUAUAAAAUAUUUUUUAUACAAUUAUUAAGGUGUGCACACUCCCAUGAAUCUAUGGUGUAGGAAAAUGUUAAUGAUGAUAAUUACAUUUUGCACGUUUCAGACUAGAUUCUAUCUUUGAUUUAUACUCUUAUUUGUCCUUGACUCGACACAGUUUCAGAAUGCCAUCUUGCAGUUCUAUUAAAGAAAAUUAGAUUGUUUUGAAGUGUGUAUAAUAUGUGUGUGUCUGUGGUAGAAAAGGCUACACAAUCAUGUUUGUACAGUGCCAGGUGGCGUGUAUGACUUCCCUCAGGUUUAUGAAUGCUUGACAGAGCCACUAACUCUGAGGAGAGUUCCGUGCUGCUCCCUGUCUGUGUCAACAGAAGCCCGUAUCUUAUCACGGCCUGAUUGCUGUGGAUCCGUGAUGCUGCAGUAACAGCAUGGGAAACAUUCCACCUGAAGAGCUAACACACAACCCCAAUUAAACCACUCCUCAUUUAAAGAUCUGCAUUAAGACAUGACUCUGAUUUACUAUUGACUGGCUGGGGAAUUUUACCUUUGUUUGGUUAUUCGAUCCCAUGAGAACAAAUGUGCAUCAGCAGGGUAAAAAUUGUGAUGUUCUGAGAACCCCCAAAAGUAUGACAUUCAUAUAACUUUGUUUGGUAACUUUAGAUUAGGCAUCAAUAUUCAUUAUUAACUAGUUGCUUAUUAGCGUGCAUAUUGGCUGUUUAUUAGUACUUUCAAAGCACAUUCUCAUUCUGCAUGACCUCAGAACCCUUAACCGUACACCAUAUCUAAACAUAACUACUACAACAACUAACUUACUUGCUAAAAAUAAGACAUUUAUUAAGGGAAAACCCUUGGAUAAUAGUGAAUAGUGUUACUAAAUCUAAAAUGUUACCCUUAGUUUUGAUAGGACGUUUGGAAUGAUGUUCUUGAAAAUACCUUUAAUAACAUUUAUUGAAAAUAACUCUAUUCAACUCUAUAUUCACUGAUCUCUGUGUAUUUCAGACAGUUUAUGGCUGCUCAUCUACAUUUAUCCCAUUUGAGGCUUUCAAUCUGUUUAUCAGCAAUGUGCCUGUUAUUUUCCCUUCAUGAAUAAUUUGGAAGCACACCUCUAUGUGCCUUAUGUCAGGUGUGCCACUGGCCUGUGGGCUUUUGUUGAGAGCAGUUCAAUAAUAGAUAAAGCACCAGAAACUGUAGAACAGGUUGAAUCCGAGCUGCUGCAAUAACCCUGUUUUCC